AUGGACCAACUCUUCGACGACCACAUCCAGAAAGCCACAGAGGCAGUCAAGAACAACGCCGCACAACUGAUCAAAGAAGUGCUCGGAAGCGCUUUUGCCAGAAGGACUGCCCAAGAUGCAAUCAGAAAAGGUCUCGACAACGAUCCUGACGUGCUUCUAGACUUUGAAGCAAAGUUCUUGCGACACUUCAAGGAUGCUCUGGCUAACGCAGUCAAAACCAACGUCUUGGAUCAACUCGUGGAUGUUUGA